AUGGGGAAGAUAGAGAUAGAGAGAGGUGGAGUUGAGUAUGAAGAUAACACGAUGUAUGGAUUUAUCAACACUUGCCUUCAGUCUCUUGUGAUAGAGAAAUUUGGUGAAGAGACGUGGGAGAAACUGAAAGUUUCUGCAGAAGUACAAGAUGAAUUCAUGACCUACACAGUAUAUGAUGAUACUAUCACCAUGAGGCUCAUACAAGAGGCCUCCAAGGUGCUGGGAGUGUCCCUGGAAGACAUUCUGAAGCUCUUUGGAGAAUAUUUCUUUAAAUUCUGUAAGAUGUCUGGCUACGACAGGAUGUUGCGGACACUGGGAGGGAAUCUCACGGAGUUUAUUGAAAACCUAGAUGCUCUCCACAGUUACCUCACCCUGUCUUAUCAGGAGAUGAAUGCACCAUCAUUUCGGGUGGAAAAGGGAAAAGAUGGGGAAAUGCUUCUCCAUUACUACUCAGAUAGAAGUGGUCUAUGCCACAUCGUACCAGGUAUCAUUGAAGCUGUAGCUAAGGACUUCUUCAACAUUGAUGUAACCAUGAAUAUCCACGACAUGAAUGAAGAAGUGGAGAGGACAGGGAAAAAAGAGCAUGUUGUGUUUCUGAUUGUACAGAAGACUUGCAGGAGGAUGAGAAGUGCAUAUCCAAUCAGGUUACGAGAUAGCGAGGACAUCGAGAGAGACCACAAGGCUCUCAAGGCAGCUUUCCUUAGGAUGAAGAAGGACUAUUUGGAGGCCUCCAUUUGUCCUGGGAAGAAAUCCCACUGGGAUGCUGUAAGGGGCAUAGUCACACUUGGAAAAGGGCACCUCUGUGAUGCCUUCAAGCCCGUGUAUCCUGAGAGACUCUGGAUGGAAGUGAAGACAUUCUGUACUGCUUUUCCUUUCCACAUUGUCUUUGACGAAGCACUAAGGGUCAAGCAAGCUGGAGUGAAUAUUCAGAAGUAUGUCCCAGGACUCCAGACCCAGAAGACUCAAUUAGAUGAGUAUUUCUCCAUUGUUCAUCCUCAAGUUACCUUCAACAUUUCCAGCAUCUGCAAAUUUAUCAACAGUCAAUUUGUCCUGAAGACACGAAAAGAAAUGAUGCCUGAAGCAUGGAAAAAUCAGCCCACACUCAAACUCCGAGGCCAGAUGGUCUGGAUGGAGUCCCUGAGGUGCAUGAUUUUCAUGUGCUCACCAAAGCUCCGUAGCCUGCAGGAGCUGGAGGAGUGCAAGAUGCAUCUCUCAGACAUUGCCCCCCAUGACACCACCAGGGAUCUCAUCCUCCUCAACCAGCAGAGGCUGGCAGAAAUGGAGCUGUCCAACCAGCUGGAGAGGAAGAAGGAGGAGCUUCGAGUUCUCUCCAAGCACUUGGCUAUUGAAAAGAAGAAGUCAGAGACCUUGCUGUAUGCCAUGCUGCCUGAACAUGUGGCCAACCAGCUGAAGGAGGGCAAAAAGGUGGCAGCAGGAGAGUUUGAAACCUGCACUAUCCUUUUCAGUGAUGUGGUGACAUUUACUAACAUCUGUGCUGCCUGUGAACCUAUCCAAAUAGUGAAUAUGCUGAAUUCAAUGUACUCUAAGUUUGACAAAUUGACUAAUGUCCAUGAGGUUUACAAAGUGGAAACAAUAGGUGAUGCCUAUAUGGUGGUAGGUGGUGUUCCAGUACCCAUUGGAAGCCAUGCUCAAAGAGUGGCUAAUUUUGCUUUGGGGAUGAGAAUUUCUACAAAAGAAGUGAUGAAUCCUAUUACUGGAGAACCCAUCCAGAUUAGAGUUGGGAUCCAUACUGGCCCAGUCUUAGCAGGUGUUGUGGGAGACAAGAUGCCCCGGUACUGCUUGUUUGGUGACACUGUGAACACAGCAUCCAGGAUGGAAAGUCAUGGACUUCCCAACAAAGUACAUCUCAGUCCCACAGCCUACAGAGCCCUGGAGAAUCAAGGGUUUGAAAUCAUCGAGAGAGGUGAAAUCAAAGUGAAAGGAAAAGGGAAAAUGACCACAUACUUUCUGAUCCAGAACUUGAAUGCCACAGAGGAUGAGAUCAUGGGAAGGCAUAAAAUAACAUUUGAUUACAAGGUUUCUCAGGGAGCAACACCCACCAAGAGUACAAAAGGGCUCGGCCCCAUGGAGGCAGCAGACCAAGAACCGUCUUCAGAUGAGAUCAAGACACGUCCUUUUCCCAAUGACUCCAUGCCAUCUGUUUUCUGUGUUUUGCUGUAAAAGAGUGGGAAAUGAACCCCUGGGAUUCAUUUUCCCAUUUAGUGCUAUGGCGGCAAAGAAAAGUAACUUCAUUUCUCAGCUCAAAACUUCGUAAACUGUGUCUCUUCCUCAUUAUCCCUUUGAGAAUAAAAGCCUAGAAAUGAAACACAAUCCUGACAAGUGGGGAAAAUGUGUUUUGACUUUC